AUGAAAGAAAAGCAAUGUUUUCAGACUACACUGACGGAGCACAUACAAAUUACGUUUCGGUUACAGUUUAGUUACUUGAGACAAACAUUGAACACAAAUGAACGCACCGCAAAACAAGGGGUUACGAGAAUCCCGAACGAGCAUAUCACAUCCACUACCAGUAACGUAUCAAGCACCAAAACACAUCUGGGACCCACUCGACGGAAACUACCAGAUCAGUUGCAGGGAAGCGCGGACGCUCCCCCAAACGCAAAAAUUAUGCUGUUGGCAAAAUCCCAACUCGGGAUUGCCACACGGGUCAGCCGAACCGAAAGUGCAAUGGUUAAGCCUCACCAUGGAGACGGGUUUGGCACGCACGCACACACUGACACUCACACUGCCAGACAACGUGUGCAAUACGGCGAUUGUUGCAGCGGCGGUGGUGGUGGUGGUGGAGGAGGGAAGGCCCGUAGUGUUCGACGAUUGACUGUUGGCCGCGUUGCUAAAAGCGAUUAUGGUUCAAAAUUCGUUGAGAAAUGUUAUCAUUUGACGUCCUGUAAUAAAGAUAACGCUCUUGUUUCGUAA